AUGGCGGCCGAAGCGGGGACCGGAAGUGGCGGCGGGCGCCCUGUGGGCGCAAUGGCGGGGGUGAGGCCUGUGCUGCUGCUGCCCCUUCCCGCCGCCUCCCUCAGCCGGUCGGGGACCCGGGCCCGGCUGCAUGGCGGGCAGGAGGCCCUGGGCAGCCUGGCGGCCUCGGGAACCCUGCACCUGCUGUCGUUAACGCCCGGAGGGCGGCGGGGAGGCGGGGGCAGCUGCUCCCUCACCGGGCCUUUCCUGCACUUUGUGUGGGAGAAUACGGAAAAUCCCAUCCUACCAACUAAGAAGCCCAAACUACUGACUCUCAGUGAAAACAGCGAUCUGCUUGUCCACGAGUUUAAUACAGAGGACGGAAAAUGUGAAGUCACCACCUUAUGGAGUUGUAACGGGGAGACGUUAAAAAAGCUCAUUGAAGAUAAAAAUAUCAGCGUUGACUCCAUCCAGUCUGUGCGAGUCCUGUGGUUCCAGAGCAGCGUGUCCGUCCUGCUGAUCAACGAAUAUAUCGUCCUGCACGUGGCGUUUCCCGAGGGAGGCACGGAGAUUGGCGCCCGCCGCUGCUUCCCCCUUGGUGGGGCCCCUCGCGCCUUGGAGGGACCCGUGGAGACGCAGCUCUGCAGGGGGAUCCUGUUCGUCCUGGACCGUUCCGGCUGGAUGUACAUGUUCGACGCAGAGGACGGGACGUGCCGGGCGCAGGUGGACCUGACGGACGGGUCCGAGGAGCCGCGGCCGAGCCUCUCACCUUCCUCAGCCUCCCUCGCGGUGUCCCGGGACCUAGAUGUUGUGAUCGUGAGCCGCUCCCGCUCCGCCGUUGCCCUGGACUUGGAUCUGUAUUUCAGGAGGUUCCCGGGGCAUCUGCUGUGGGAGCCGAGGUUGGAAGAUCUCCCUGUGGAGAGACCCCCAGGGGAUGAUGAGGAUGAUCUCGCCAACUCUGCCCACAACAUGACGCUCACCAAGUUCUCGUUCCCGACAGACAGGUCCUGGAAGGCUCAACUGUCGGUCCUGUCGGACGUGGCGAAGGGGACCCCGACGGACCCCGAAAGCUGCGGGCCCUGGUUCCGCCACCUGCCCCACGUGGAGCCCCCCGAAUCCAGCGGCCCGGCCCGGCAGGCGGGGCCCCCGGCGCCCGCGCGGUCGGUCCGGGCCCGGCCCGGCUGCCCGGAGAAAGAGCCGGCCCGGCGGGGGUGGAAGCGGGAAGCGCGCUUCGGGAUCCCCGCGGAGCCCUCGGAGCUGAGGUGCGUCCGCGUGACCGGGUUCAGUGCCCUGUUCACCCUGGCGGGGGACAGCACGGGCCUGACGGUCGCCCUGUGGGACCUGGAGACCCUCGAGGUGAAGCCCCUGGGCCUGGGCCGAGGUUGCAUCCCCGUGGACGGCGGGGGAGACCAGCAGCCCUGCCUGGUCCUCACAGAGGACGGACUCUGUCUGGUUUUGUUCGGCUUGACGCAAGAGGAGUUCCUGAACAGACUGAUGAUCCACGGAAGCGCCGGCACCGUAGACGCCGUGUGCCGCCUCAACGCGUGGGGAAGAUGCCCGGUCCCCAUCCACGCGCUUGAGGCUGGGAUCGAGAACCGUCAGCUGGACACCGUUGACUUUUUUCUGAAGAGCAAAGAGAAUCUUUUGACUCCUUCUCCGGCCGCCCCCUCUCCCUCGCUAACUGAUCCGUUCGCCGGUCUCCCGUCCCACGAGUAUUUGAAAAGAGUACAAGAGCUGACCCCUGCCCUUGACUUGCUCUGCUCAGCGGUGAGAGAGAACGACUUGGAAACUCAGAGCAAACACUUCGCAGAACAGCUGCUGAGCCUCACCCUUUCCUUCCUCCACAAGCAGCUCCGGGAGAUCUUCGUCCACGUAAAUGAGCUGGACGGGCCCCUGCGGGCCGGGGUGGACAUCUUAACCGGUUACAUCGCCGAGCUGCGGACCUUUAUGAUCAAGUUCCCGAAGAGGCCGGUGGACGCCGUGGCUGCGUCUGCCGCGGGAGUCGGCCCGAGCGACCCCACGCCCAGGGGAGGGAGGCCGGAGGCUUGGGAAGGCCUCAGCCCGGAGCGAAUCAUCACCGAUGCCAUCCUAAAUAACAAGAUCCCCGAGGCUCAGGCCUUCUUCAGGGUAACCGGCCACGCCGCGCAAAACCUUGAGCGACUGAUCCAGACUGGGCUGGGCCUGGCCUACAACCGCCUCCUGGAGAGGGACGUCGAGGAAGCCGCCCAGCUCCUAAGGAACAUGGGUUUCGAUGUGAAGGCCCAGCUACACAAGAUAUGCUUCUACACAACGGAGAAAGGUCUGCGGGACUUCUUGGUUGGAGUGCUGCAAGACGAGAAUGACUUUUCCGAAAAAGAGAAGCGGACGAUAGAGUUCGUGCGUCGGGUCGAGACUCUGUACGCGGGCCCUGGCGAGGAAAACAGAGAGGCCAGGGGUCCCUCCAGGUGCUGGAGCAAGGAACGAGACCUCCCCAGGCACAAGUGCGUUUUGGACUCGAUCUUGGGCGAGCCGCGGCCGGACGGCGAAUCAAGCGAGCCGGAGCGCGGGGUUAUGCUCAGCUGGGCCGAGGGGUGGGAUCCUGCCACGCGAGAGGCCAUCCUGCUCGCCCGGACCAAGGAGGAUGACCUCCGGUCCUGCACCGCCGAGGUGCUCUGGGCCCAGCUCACGUCUCGCCACGACCGGCCGAGCGUCCUGUCGUGGAUUGAAGAACUGCGGCCACGGGACGGCCCUGCCCCCCUCCAGCCGGCCCGGUGGCCCCUCCUGACGACCGAUGUCAUAGACCAGCACACGCUGUGCAGCGGUUACAUGAGGAACGAGAUAUUAGACAAUCUGGCCAGGAGAGGCGUGUUCGUCCCGUCGGAGCUGGACGACUUUGACCUCCUCCUCGCGAGGCUGAGCCGCGUCGGGGGCGUCCUGCAGGACCCCCUCCCCGUGCAGAACUACAGGUCGCCGGAGGGCUUGGAUUUCCACUCCCGCUUCGUCCUGUACUGCCUGGAGCAUGGCAUGCAGCACCUCCUCUUCGGCUACCUCGACCACCACGCUCUCUGCCCCGAGAACUGUCCCGUCCUGGAGAACAAGGACCUUCACGAAGCCCAUCCGUGGUUUGAGUUCUUAGUCCGCUGCCGCCAGGUCUCCGCGAGUCCAGCAGAUCCGAAGCGGAUUUUCCAAGCCAGCCUGGCCAACGCUCAGAUCCUGAUUCCCAGUAAUCAGGCCAGCGUGAGCAGCCUGCUUCUGGAAGGACGCAGCCUCCUGGCCCUCGCCACCACCAUGUUUGCGCCAGGCGGGCUCACCCAGGUGAUCCAGAGGGAAGAGCGUGAGAGCUGUUGGAAGAAGGUGGAUCCCCAGCUGCUGAAAAUGGCCUUAGCUCCUUACCCUAAGCUCCGGGCGGCUCUUUUCCCACAGCCCCCUGCCCACGGGUGCCCACCGCACGACGUCACCCUCUACCACCUUCUGCAGGCUCUGUUGCCCUUUGACCCAGCCAGACUGUUUGGCUGGCAGCCCACAAACACCCUGGCCAUCGGAGACAGCGCGAGCCAGCUGCCUCACUUCUCCAGCCCGGACCUGGUAAGCAAGUACGCCCUGAGCGAGAGGCUGGAUUUUGCCUACUACCUGCGCCACGGACGCCCGUCCUUUGCCUUCGGUUCCCUGCUGGUCCAGGACCUAGCCAAGAGCAAGUCCCCGAAGCAGCUGAUCCAGCAGGCGGGACACGAGGCCUACACGCUCGGGCUCGCCUCCUUCCACGUCGCUUCUGUCGGGGCUGCCUGCGUGUGCUUCCUGGAGCUGCUGGGCCUCGACAGCAGGAAACUGCGGGUUGACCUGAAAGUGGCCAAUACCAUCCUGAACCGCAGGUGCCGGCACGAAGAGGCCCGGCCCGGCGCCCUCAGGGAAUCCCUAGCUGCAAAGCUGGCCAAGCUGGCCGACGGUGACCCGGCCGCCGCGGAAGAAUUGCUGGCUCUGUUGGAGGACGGCAUCUGGGACGGCAUUCAGCAGCAGGAGAUCCGUAGGACGUCCAGCGACUCCAGCCGUCGGUGGGCCCUCGCUGUGCAGUUCUGCAAGCUCCACGGUGUGAGGCCCAGCCCCUCCUACCUCAGGGCCUGCGCCCAGACAGACGACUGGCUGCGGUUCAUCGUUCACAGCCAGCUCCACGGCUUCCGUCUGGAGGAGGUGAUGCCGCUCCUGGGGAAUUUCAGCCCCGUCCUCCAGGAACACCUGCAGCUGGCCCUGGAAAGCCUGGCCCCGCUGUCCGGAGACCCGGUGGGUCCGGAGGACCCGAGCGGCGGAGAGCGGGCCGCCGAUGCCUUUCAGGCCCUGCUGCGGUGUCCGGAGGAGCCCGGGGCCUGGCGAGGGCUCCUGGCCGAGGCGGUGAGGCUGCAGGCGCCUGCCCUGAGUGUCCUGGCUGCGUGCUUCCAGGACGCCGGGCCCGUCCCCUGCCUCUGCGCCUGGAUCGUCACGUCCGCGGACGAGGCCACGGCCGCCGAGGCCACGCGGUCCCUUGGGGCCGUGCCCGCUGAAGCCCACGACUGGGGUCUGGACGUCCUCGCGGCCAUCUGGAGGACUCUGUUACGAAGGCGCAAGAGCCAGAUCCUCAGCCAAAGUGCACGCCUCUUUCUCAAGGAUUCCCCGCUCCGGCCCCUGGCGGAGCUGUACGAGCUUGGGAUGGAGGCCAAGAGAUACGGCGAUGCCAAAGCCCGGCUUGAGGCCUUCCAGGCUGGGCUGGCCGAGCUGAAAGCGGCGGCUCCAGCGGUCCCCUCCAUCAUCCCCGCGCCGUGGCUGGAGGCCCAGUUCGCCUUCCUUCUGAAGCUGAUGCUGCAGCAGUGCGGGACGCAGUACGAGCUACGGAAGCUCCUUCAGCUCUUCGCUGAGGCGGGGCCCCCUCCGCCCGACGGCCCCGAUCUGAAGAAGCUGUGCGAACUCGGCCAGAUUUUGAAGGAGACGUCUAUAGGCAUCAGCCGCGCGGUCCUGGCCGGCGACAUUCCCGAGAACUUCGAGCGCGAGUGCAGGUCCGUCCUGGAAAAGCUGCAGGGGGACGGCCAGUUCGCCCUGGCCAGGAAAGUGGCAGAGUUGGCCCAGCUGCCCGUGGACAGCCUGGCCAUCGAAGAGGUCGUCCGGGAGAUGCAGACCCUCGAGCGCAUGGGCCAGUGGGCACCGGAGCGGGCGCGGCUCGACUUCUGGAAGAGAUGCCACGACCGUUUCAGCGGGGACUCCGUCUCCGACCGAGCGGUGGCCGACUUCUUCUGGGGCCGGGCCCACGCGGUGGGCGAGCUGCCGGAGGGGGCCGCGGAAAGGCACCUGCUGCUGACCCUGGCGGGCCGCUGGCUGGCGCGGGGGGACCCCGUGCCCGUGGGCAGGCUGCGGGAGCUGGAGAGGCAGAUGUGGCUGUGCCGCAUCGCCCAGCGGGUCUGCUCGGGGGCCGGUGAGGCGGGCGCGGCCGGACCGGCCCCCCGGAUUUCCGCCGGCGGCGGCGGCGAGCUGGCCUUCUCCCAGCUGGCGGCUCUGAACACCCCCGACCUCCUGGCCAUCGAGAGGCUCCCGGCCCCGGGGUCCCCUCCGGGCCCCCUGGACAGGGACCAGGAGGAGGCUCUCCGGGCCCUGGUCGGGGACCUCCUGGACCAGGGCCGCGUGACGGAGGCGAGCCGGGCCUGCCGUUACUUCCGCCUCCACCACCGGGAUGUCUUCCUGGUUCUGCACUGCCAAGCCCUGGCGUCGGGAGACGCGGGCGACCUGCACCCGCAACUUCACACCCUCCUACGGAGCCCCUCGCCACCCUUGACGGAGAGAGGCCAGAGUGUGUCGAGCGAGGACGGCGACUCGUUUGCCGCGGCGCCGGCGGGGGCUGAGAUCCUGGCCCGGCUGGAGAUGCUGACGAGCCAGUGUCUCCACGGGAAGAGCUACUGCCGGCGGGUGGUGUGUCUGUACGAGCUGGCCAAGGAGCUGGGCUGUUCCUACCGGGAGGCGGCCGCCCGGGACCCCGCCUGGGUGCUGCGAGCCAUCCUGUCAUCGCGGUGGCCCGCCCGCUGCCAGAAGGCCCGGGCGUUCAUCGCGGCGCAGGGCCUGCCCUCUGACCUGGUGGCCGAGCUGGUGGCCGAGGAGGUGACGCGCGACCUGCUGGCCCGCUCCCGAGGAAGAGGGCCGAAGCAGCUGUGUGACCAGGCCGAAGGCAGCGUGGCGCUCCUGCAGCUGACCGCUCUGUGCCAGGACCACACGUUGGUGGGGACGAAACUGUUGGAUCGAAUCGCUUCGGUUCCCCACGGGGAGCUGUCCUGCACCACAGAGCUGCUGAUCCUGGCCCACCACUGCUUCAGCCUGACCUGCCAUAUGGAGGGGAUCACGCGGGUGCUGCAGGCCGCCCGGCUGCUCACGGACAACCACCUGGCCCCCAACGAGGAGUUCGGCCUGGUGGUGCGCCUCCUGACCGGCAUCGGCAGGUACCAGGAGAUGACCUACGUCUUCGACCUGCUGCACAGGAAGCACUACUUCGAGGUGCUCAUGAGGAAGAAGUUGGACUCGAGCGGGACCCUGAAGACCGCCCUGCUCGACUACAUGAAGCGCUGCCGGCCCGGGGACAGCGAGAAGCACAACAUGAUCGCGCUGUGCUUCAGCAUGUGCCGCCAGAUCGGUGAGAACCACGAAGCCGCCGCCCGCAUCCAGCUCAAGCUCAUCGAGUCUCAGCCCUGGGAGGAGUGCGUCCGGGACGGGCCCCAGCUGAAGCAGCUGCUGCUAAAAGCCCUGACGCUGAUGCUGGACGCGGCCGAGAGUUACGCCAAGGACUCGUGUGUGCGGCAGGCCCUGCGCUGCCGCCGGCUCACCAGGCUGCUGACGCUGCAGCUCCACUUCCUGAACACGGGCCGGCACACGAGGCUCAUCAACCUGAGCCGCCCGGGCCUGGCGGCCUGCGUCCUGGCGCUGCCCCGCUUCUACCAGGCAUCCAUCGUGGCCGAAGCCUACGACUUCGCUCCCGACUGGGCCGAGGUCCUGUUCCAGCGAGUGGUCCUCGGCGGCGACUUCGGCUACCUCGAGGAGUUCAGGCAGCGGCAGCCGUUGAAACCCAGCCUGUUUGAGGAGAUCUCCAAGAGAUUCAGUCAGCAGCAGCAGCCGCCGCCGCCCGCCGCCGAGGCCGGCGGGAAUCUGAAGAAGCUGUUCGGCUACUGCGAGGACGUCUACCUGCGGUACAGGCUGGCCUACGACCACCAGUUCUACGACGUGGUCACCUCGCUCCUCAAGGACCCCCAGACCGGCUGCUGUCUCAAGGACCUGCUGGUGAGUUAGGCGGGAGCCCGAGUCGACUUCGGCGCGGGGCGAGACCCCGGCGCCGAGGGCGGAGGCGGCGGAAUUCCGCGGCAAAGCAUCCCGUCCGGCCCCAGGAAACGGCAAAGGCAGGGCAGAGGCCUUCCCACACGGGAUCAAGUCCUCACCAGAGUGGUUUUAUUAAAUUAGCUGUUUUAUAAAACA